GCGCUAGGGAGUGGCCUACCCAAUUUGAUAGAAAACGAUCCUCUCUCUUGCAUCUUUUCUAGUUGCCCCUUGGAUCCUCAACGCGAUAUGAGAUCUUUAAUAUUCGUGUUGUUGGCCACUGGAGCAAUUGCGGGUACGUAUUCUCUUUUUUCUCAAUUUAAAUCCCUUUUUAAAACAAAUUGCUGCUUAUAAACGCUGUGACUUUAGAUUUGUUAUUGACAGUUUAGAAAUACCCUUUUGAUACGACGCGAUGCAUGGCGACACAUUCUGCCAUAAAAAAUUCUGUUGCUUCGACUAUUCGGUUAUGGUAGCCUAAGUCUGUUGGACGCUGUCCUCUUCACCCUGACAAGAGCAUAAAACGUUACACAUUUCUGAACAAUUUGUUAAAAACUCGGACCUGCAAAGCAAAUCGUUAUUUGCCUGAUUUCCCCGGGUAUUUAAUCGCUUGCGGCAUCAAAUAUGGUACAGUUGGAUUGUCAUCAGAGUGACAUAAACUUCUGCUUGUUAACUUUUCGAUUGACGACAAAUAAAGCCGUUUUUAAUGUACUGAAAUCCUUCAAUUCCUUGUUACAUAAGAAAUUCUUUCUUUGCAAACCUCGAAUGUGUGGAAUUCGCCAUUGAUACUGCAUGGCGGUGAAUAUUUUCCUUUGGCACCCGGCUUCCGCUGGAAAUCACUUUCUACGUAGAUUUUGCCGGGUGUAUUCAAAAAUUUUAAAACGACGAAGAGCGAAUGCCGAGUGUAUAUUUUUUUGCUUAGUUUGUAAUAUCUUGGUGUAAUCUUCAUCGUUACAUUUGCUUCAUUGCUGAUUAUGUCACAAUCUACUUUUUUCUGUUAAGUCGCGCUUAUUGCUUUAUUACUUACACUGAAUUUUCCUUACUUUCAGCUCCUUUGUCUUACGACAAGGGGAAACCGCAUCGAUGUGACAAACGUAAGUACAGUGUCGCGGUCUUUAUUGUUCUAAUCUUAAAUCAUAUGGGCAUGGGAGAAAAGGAAACCUUCACUUGUUUUAGACUUUUUUAAAGGAAAUUCGCUCCCAUCGUCAUCAGCAAACGUUUUGCUCGAUGCAUCGAGCGAAAUAAUUUACUGCAAGAAAUUUUUCUGAGCGGAGUGAAGGAGGGGGNUUUUAACUUCAAGGCGGAAAAGCCGUCGUAUUUGUUGCACAAUAAUUACUUCUAGUUGAAGUCACGAGUUCGAAGAAAUCGCUUUGUAAUGUCCGGCCGCCUGAACGAAUACCGGAAAUCACUCGUCUCCAAUGUUGUUUCCCAGGGACCUGUUGACAACUUAGGGCACUGUAUGACCCCUGUUCUGUUAAUUCAAUUGGUUAGAUAUAGUGUAGCUCACACGCGCGCGACGAUGUUAAGUCGUCACGGAGCACGUGGCUAGUGUGACAGUGUGAACACUUCCUGUUUUUUGUUUUAUAGGGGGUAACAAAAGCCAUUUUACUUUUAAAAAAAAAACUGAAAAAUAUUUCGGAAAACAAAAAGUGAUCUAUAUUCGCUAAAAAACAAUAAAAGAAUUCCUAAUACUUCAAGGAAGGAAAUGUUUUGGGAACAAUCUUGUGUUGUGCAACCUUCCCCCCCGCCUGACUUUCAUUCUAUUUACUUGUGGGCCUAAGUUCUUGUCUUGUUAUGUCUCUUCCAGGGUUAGAUAGAUUUCACCAUGAAAAAGAGUUUCCCUACAACUAUGAAGGAGAAACAAUAAGCAGUAUUCAAGGCGCAUCAACAGCUCGCUCCGGGCUGAAAAUUCGCGCAAGAUGUGUCAUCAAGGCUGUUGAACCAUGUCAGCAUGUCUUGAAGGUAAGAUAAACUAGUUAUGGACUCCCUCGAGUACUUAUUUUGGCGUGUUAAACGACUAGUAUGUUUACCCGGAUUCAAGUUGUUUUCUUUUUCUAUUCAAGCCAUAAUAGGAGCUGCCCAUAGUAAGACCACCCCAUAUAUAAUGCUUUGACCUCUUUCCAGUAAACUACUAUUACUCUUUGGGUUAUGUACUUAUAAGUCCCCAGAAGGCUAACCAAAUGAAUUCUAAAGCUGGCGGUUUAUUUAGACUUCGCAAAGGGCUGGUUGAGAAUGAACAACAACAACAAGUUUGUUCAGUAUUACCAUUGGUAUACAUGAUGUUACCGAUUGAAAUACAGUAAUAAACAGAUAAAUUUAAAGAAAUACAGAUAUAGUUGAAUGGUAUAAUUAAUUAUUAUUAUGUUUCUCUCGUCUUUCAAAUGCUUGAAAAACGAAAUUAGAAGUUAGCCUGCUGAUGUGCGAAUCUGUAUUGUUGAAAAGAAAACAGACUUAAUCAUGGUUGUUAUAAUUUGUAACUUAAUGAUGUACUGUAUUUCGCUCGUUGGUGUACUGAAAAGAGUCCUUCUCAAAUCAUCAUAUAGGUCACAGUGAAAUAAUACGUGCAUUUCAUUUGCAACUGAAUUUAGACUGCAGUGAUCACAACUUCUAAGAUCUUCAGGAGUUUUGGGAAUUGUUUUGGGAACAAAUCGUUUUAAGAGUGGCUUACCUCGUGCCUGUCAUAUGGUUAUUUAUAGUGGCAUUAUCUGCGCGCAAUUCAGUUAAAUGUUGUGAAUCAUUUGCCUCGCCGGGCAAACUGUCCUAAUUAACGAAUUAGUUACCAAACCAGAAAAAACGAAAAAAACUCGGUGCAUAGAAUCACUCGUUUUUAUUGAGGGUGGAGUGGGGGGUGGGGGGGAAAGCGGGAGAUACAUUUAACUUUUCAAUACCUAUAUUUGUAUUGUAUGUAUGUUAUAAAUUUUAACUUGAUGUUGAAAAUCCUUCACUGUUUUUUUUUAUAGUUUUCUAGUAGUAACUGACUUUUGACUUUUGCGAACAACCGUACGCAACUGUUUGUUCAAACCCAUCCUCCGCCUCCUUCUUACCCCUUAAUUCCACUGACCUCUUUGACCCCUUUCCGGAAAACCCUUAUUACAUCCCAACAUACAGGAAAGACGUACUCAUUUAAUCUAUCUUGGAAUGUCACAAUGCCAGCUGAUGAUACGAACGUAAACAAAAAUCCUAUUUCUUGACGCUCUAUAGUCCAAAGUUCAAAUUCGGCUCUACGGAAAAUUUUCUCAUGAGGAAAGCAAAAAAAAUGUUACGGGAUGUUCUAUGCGAGGAAGUACAGGAUGUCGAGAAAAACGUCCUUAAAAUAGCGGAUUUUAAGUUGUGUAAUCUCUUGAUUUGCUGUACCCAUUCCCACGCCCAUAAUCAUCCCCCGGGUAGUCCUCCACGCAAUCCCCCAACAAUCCUACACAACCAGGCAAGUUCUUAAAAGUGUUUCGUGGUACAAACGUCCUAAAACAUUCAACAUUCUGUUGUAUUCCUUAACAAUGUAAUCAAAAGAACGAUCUUGUGAAAAUUCAUCUGAUACACAUAAUGCUCGUGUAAACAAAAAUCAAUUAUUAGUGCGCCACAAACAACCCUUAAUUCCAAAGUUCAAUGAAUGUGGUUUGUUUUUACUCCUGUUCUUAAAUUCUGUUUGCGAGAGAAUAUACUAGCGACUGGACCUAAAAAGCUGCCGGUCUAAUGCGUAAGUUUUUGUGGUUUCGCUUUUUUUUGAGAGUAAAAACCGCAUACCGUGACAUAAGAUUUGCUUUUUCGAGUUUUGUUGCAUGUCAGGUCAUUGGUCAGUAAGGAUUAUAUUAUAUUUGUUCACUAAAGUGCUUGUAUUGCCACAAUGUUAUUGAUCCCAACUGUCACGUUUUUUUUCUAGCUUCACUUUCCUUUCCCCGUAGGGUCUGGUUCGUUUUCAAAACAGAUUGCUUUCGUUGGGACAGGGCAAGAAAGAAAUAACUGCGGGUUGUGUCCCAAAAAAAGAACAGCACGGUCCAAAGUCUCGCUAGAGGGUCGAAGUUUGAUUUGUCUAUUUGGCAGAUAAAGGAAGAAUUUUAGUCCUCUUACAUGGACUAGUGCAACAUAAUAUCCUUCAAAAGAGCUUUGUUUUCGAUCCUGUUUUCUGGAAGAAAUUAAAUUUUGAAGCAUUGCAUGCUCUUCAAACCGAGUAGCCUGUUUCAUUAAGCUUUCAAUAAAUCUUUUCUUCCAAUCCUCAUUCUUUUCUCGUACUUAAUUUCCCGUCUUCAUACUAAGAGCUAAGACUGGAAAGGAUGCAAAACGAGGUUUUUUUCUCCUAAAACUCCGCAAUUUGGCCUUUAAAUCAGGUGGUCGUUCAGCGGAUUCGCACAGCUGUGCGUGGUCAAAGCAUUUCCGGAGUUAUUAAUACAUUUUAUGUAAAAAAAAUGGUUUGAAGUGACAAAGGACCCUUGUCUCACUUCGUGCCUUCAUUUCUAGGUCAAGGGUAAUAGAUUUUGGCGUGGUUUUAUCCUUGGGAAGUGUAAAAACGAAAACUGACCGCGAAACAUUUCAGCAAAAAAAUUUUGCCUGAGGAAAGUGUAGCUUUAGUGGACGGUGUUAUAUUUCGCGAAACGACCGCACGUUUUCCACUUGAAUCUGAUCUCUACCUUAUAACAGCACUCAUGAUGAAUCACGAAUAACAUGUUUUUAUUUGUGAUAGAAAGAUUAUUUUUGUCGAUUGGCAAAAGUAGCUCCUUGUACGACCACCUUAGAGGGCUAUGUUUAUGUUUUUAACGCGAUUCAUGGUAACACCAGACAUUGAAUAGCUGUAAAUAUAUCUGUUAUUUGAAAAGGAAAAAAAUCCCCAGGCAAUCUUCGUUUAGUCUAGACCAUGUGCAAAGGGAAUUAGCAUCCUUGUCUUCAUUACUUUCUCUGGUGACGAAACUAGAAUAUUUUAUUUUUAAGAAAAACUGUAGUCACGACACAACUUAUCCCUUUGAGUUUUCCGCAGUACAUAUUCAAGAACGGAUCACCUUUUGACUAGGAACUGAAUGACAAAAUUAUUUUUUUCUCGGCUCAAAAUUAUACCUAGAUCACGCCAUUAUUUAGCCUACAAAUCCAGCCACCUCACAUCACUCCCCUUCGGGUAAUGUUUGGACGAGAGGCGAUGAGGAUCGGCUGUAUUCGUAAGCUAGCCAUACUGAAUUAUGUACUUAGAGGUUUCAUUUCGGGUAGCAGUUUAUUUACGUCGUGAGUCGCAAUACAUUUGAAAAAAAAACAAGAAAAAAAAAAUUUAAAAAAAUCUUAAACAGCAGUCAUCACAAUUUCCGGGCAAAUCCCCACCCGGGCAUUCCCCUGCGGGCAUUCCCGAGUACAAUCAUUACGUAAGAAAAUCACUGUGAAGGCCAAAAAGGAAAAACGAGGGUUUUUCAUAUUGGAUACGUUUUGUUUCGAUGCGACUAUAUAAUCUUUUUGAAAUGCAGCGUUUCAGCAGAUGUCUAUAUUUCUGGGCUUGAAAGCUAAAAAAUUCCGAGUGUACUGGGUAUAGGGGAAGAGGUAUUGCCCUGCCACUGACGGGCACUUGUGAAAUUUGAUUCUCUGAUUAAUGAUUUCUAUCUUAAAAUUUGUUUGAUCGCUCCUGAAAGAAUUCUAGACCACUACUGUCACGUUUGUCUCUUUUCCUUGACUUGUCUCUCAGACUUAAUGAGUCAGACUUGAAGGUGUGCAAUCAAAAAUUAUUGCAUGUCUCAUGGCGGAAACUACGUGCUUGUGUAUAAUCCAAUUGCUCCUGGUGCUAAUUGAUAGUCGAAGGAUGACGUAACAGUUAGGAUUUGUUUCUUCUUGUUAAACUUGCUAGCUAAUUCAGGACUGCAGUAUUUUGAUUUUAACUUACGCGGCCGUAAUGUGAUACAAGGUCAAGUUCAAUUCUAUUGAGCCCAUAUAUGAAAGAUAUAUCAAAACAUAAAGAUAUUAGUGGUUUCACAUAGUGUUGGAAUCCCACAAGUGAACUUCUCACAGUGUCACAUUUAGAAAAUGCUCCUUUUUGAAACUUAACUGAAAUUAAAUGAUCGUGGGUUAUACCAAAUGCCCUACAAACUUGCAUGUGAUCAGUCAAACUUCUGUGCUUUACAUGUUCGAGGGGAAUCUGCAAUAAAGAGCAACCCCCCCUUCUCACCUCUAAAAUAAUGGAUUAAUCCGCGAAGACGCGCCAAACGCGCAACUUCCUUCCUUCCUCGAUGUUUUUUAUUGGGGGGUGGGGAUGGGGAGACUCAAAAGUUUCGUCAAUUAUGUCCAAAAAUUGUACGUAAGGUUUCAUACCAACGGCAAAACAAAUACCCUGUGAGGAGAGUUUUUCUGGGCCGUUCUACUUUAGCUAAGAGCGGGAAUGACUUAGGCAACGGGAAACAUCUGCUCCCAAAAAUUAGCCUACGUCACAGAUCUUCGAAGUUGACUCAAAGAAAACCUCAAAUGAUAACGUCGAAAAAAUGAAAGAAAUGGCAGGCGCAAAGAAUUUCUCCUUUUGCUCCCGUAAAUAAACCAACAAUGUUCGAUUUGCCUGACAAAUCUUGUUUGGUAUGUUUAUUGGCAUUCUUUCACUAUUUCUGACAUCAUUCGAAAACACUUCUGUUAGUCACAAUUCACUAGAAAAUGUUGUGUUUGCCCUUGAUUCGGUGAGACCACCCAUACUCGAUAUUUCAUCCUUGCCAGUUCUUGCCCCGAAUUCUUGCGGAAGUCUAGGUUUUUUCUUUCACUAGUUUUUGUUUAAUCCUUUCCUCUAAAAGGGACUCGUAUGAAAUUUCUCCUCCAAUGAGGUUUUUUAACCUUUUAAACCCUAAGAUCAAAAUUUGAAUUCUCAUUUAUUGCCCCUAUUCAUUUCCCAUAGAAGUAGUUGGGAGAAGCUGAUAAAAUAUCAUCCAAAAUUGAUCUUGUGUGAUCAUAUCCGAAAUUCUCAUGACCACUCUGUUUUACGAAGCAUUGAUAUCACGGGGAGAAAUUUAGUACUGAUCACUCUUAGGGCUUAAAGUGGUGUGGCUUAUGGUGUCUGCUGUCACGUAAGAUUGUGUUCGCAGGCUCAUAAAGGAGGACAUAAAAUGAGAGAAAUAAAAAACCGUAUAAAAUAAGUCGUGUUUGUAAAAAAAUUUUUCCCGUCGGUACAUAUGAAGAAGGAUAGAGAAGAGAGAAUAUGCUCUACCGAACCAGGACGCAACUAAUAACCUCAGGUCAUUUCACUAAUAAUAAUAUAUGAAAGACCUGUGCAGGGCAGUCCCACAGCAGGUUUAGAUGCAGUAGAAUAAUUUUAAUGCCAAAAUGCCAACUGUCGCAAGGCCAGUGCUUUUGAACUCAGUCACAAAUCAAGAUGGCGGAUACGCGCAUUUGCAAUUCAAAAUCCAGCGGUAUUCCUGUUAAAAGCUGCGCCCGCGAUUUGUGCAGUGACUCUUGUGGAAACGCUGUUUCGACGGAAAAUAUUUGUGAAUUAGAGGUAAUAUUUUGAUUUCUAUGAUCCAUAUUUUGUCGCAGUAAAGCAAGGGCAGUUGUUCUUUAACUUAAGUUAAGUCUGAAGUAAAGUGGCAAAAUAUUAUGCCCAAAAGAAUUUUAGUCGCAGAGGAUGUAGUUUUAUAUCCAGUCGUUUAAUGUAUUUGGUCAACAAGUGAAAGAAAUCUUCAUUGUUUAACAAGUUCUUCUCAUCAUUUAAUACUACAUGAUAGAUUUUGAGAGAAAAGCGUAGUUCUAGAAAAGCCUGCUGAUACUUAUUUCUUUCUUUUCAGCUUGACACAGUUGAGCUCUGGGAAGCACAGAGCAAGAACCCCGGUCCCUUGAAAUACCAUGUAUCUCGGGGAUCAACAGCUUUUGCUGAAGAGCUUGAAGCUCAAGAUCUUGUAUUUAGAACCGACCGCGGUCGAAUCACUGAGAUCCUCGCCCAUCCAGAGGAACCUCCCCACGUAUUGAACAUCAAGAGGGGUAUACUCAGCGCGUUACAGGUGCAGUUCGUUAACGAGCAUGCCGUCUUGGAAGAGGUAAGAGACUGUUUUUUGCCCCUUUACUCGGUAGUGGGGGGGGAUUCAUGGGGAGGGUCUUGACCCCUUGGGGGCCAAGUGUAGCCCAGGGGUGAGAACACUCGCCUCCCACCAACUGAUCAAAUCCCGGCGUCAACGACGUAUGUGGGUUGAGUUUUAUUAGUUUGGUUCUCUCCAAGAGGUUUUCUUCGGAUACUCCGUUUUUUGCCUCUCCUCAAAAACCAGCAUUUCAAAAUUGCAAUUCGACCAGGAAUGGUAGACGGAAGAACCACUACGUCGAUGUGCUACCUCUCAGUCGGUAAUUACUGUUAUUAUUAUUGUUAUUAUUAUUGAGGGGAGGGGGUACCCCAAGUAGCGAAGCAUGAAGAUACAAAGGACUCCCGCGUUUGAGACUUAAGUUUCCUUAGCCAGACUUUCGUUACCAAAAAAAAUAAAUCAUGUGUUUGGAAAACUUGGCAAGGGAGAACUGAGUGACUUUAGCAGUGUUUUUACUAAACACGAAACCUCUUUAAGUUUCCUUGUCAAGGAAAAACUUGGAAAGUAAAACUUGCUCGUGUGAACGGUCUGGAUAAACAAAUUUGAAAUAACCCUAGCCACUGUAUUUUUUACAAUGGAAUUUGUGGCCUUGACUGUCUUUGUUCUAAUUCGCACCUUUCAGGACGAUGUUGUUGGUAAAUGCAAAGUGCAAUACACCAUCAAAUCUCGUCACAUCAGCGGUCGACCCAAAGUGAUCUACAAGACGCGAAACCUGACGGAGUGCUCCGAUCGCGCACAGACAGACGUCGGAAUUCACGUGCAUUCUUACGAAGAGAAGGUAUGGUUUAAAUCAUGUAAAACACGACAAGUACGAUCCGAAUUCUUGGCAGCCGGGAAUUUGUGGAAAGACUCUUUAAAUUAUAAAGGAUAAAAAUUGAAACGUGAAAAGUGUGAGAGGCGAAGAAUCGAGGCGAGUUCGUCAUCUCCAUGCACAAAAGUAAUUAAUUGACGACAAAUGUUUCGACAAACUGCGAAGGGAACUGCUAAUAUGUAGUGAUGAAUAGGGGACGUUUUUAAGUAUCAGUGCAGUAUACUCUGUUAAGUAAGCCCAGCAAGCGAUAUGGGCGAAGAGCUGAGUUGCGUUAAACAAAGCGUUUUCAGAACUUUCGUAAAUAAGGCAAUGUCGGAGUAAAAGGUUAGGCAAAGCGGCGCCAUGACGUAACCGCUCGGGUGUGGAUUGAGGAAGUAAAAGGGUUAAGAGUACUCACCUGCCGUCGGUAGCUUCAAACACUUCUCCUUUAAAGCAACACGGAAAGGAAAGAAGUCAAAACAAGGAUUUGAGGUCACACGUGAGAAUCGCACCUGGGAUCUCUCUCGCACAGAAGUCCGCGCACUAGCCGACGGUGUAAAUCCUUGCUCCUGAAGUGCAAAAGACACCUCUAAGCUUUUUAUUACUGUUUUUUUCACAGCCACUGAGCUUGCUGAAUUCUCACAGCACGUGUAAGAUGUACUUAACUGCCAAGACUCGAACACAGAAGGUGGUUUGUGAGGAACAACACAUCUUUAGACCCUUCUCUGCAGGCUACAAAAAUACAUCUGGAGCUAUUACCACCACCAGGUAGGACGUGAAAGCCAGCGUAUUCUUUCGCCUGAAAACGUGUAGGCUACUAUUGAGGGCUGUAGCCGGGAUAUUCGACUUCUCGUGGAAUAAACAUACAGUGGAACCUCAAUAUAACGAACCUCUAUAUAACGAAGUCCUCGGUAUAACGAACGAUCUUCUUUACCCCAGUAAUAGCAAAAUAUAUGAAAAAGAACCUCGAUAUAACGAAACCUCGGUAUGUUGAACACAUUUUGCCAGUGCCUUGGCCCUUCGUUAUAUUGAGGUUCCACAAUGUAAUUAAUUAUUCUUUUAAUUUCACCACAGACAAGUCUUGGAACUGCAAUCAAUCAAGACAACUGAACCUGAGCCAGUUGCUAUCGGUAUGUAUUCAAAUAAUUUUGCACUCCUGAUUUUAAGAUUUGAUAGAGGGUUAUUUUUCAGCAAGGGAAGUUAAUAUUGGCCUUUGUUAAUGUGACGCUGGGGACUGGCUCCUUUUGGUGUCGAAUUGCACUGUGGGAUUGUAUUAGAGACGAAUUUGACCCAGUAUCCUGUGCAACCUCAUAACACCAAAUAGGGAGCUUUAGCAUCGACAAGUGCAACGGCAGCGAAAACUUCACUUUUAAAAUGAAUUCGCGUUUUUUUCAAACUUUGUCGCGCUUAUUUCAAUUCGCUGAAAGCGGAUUUCCCUGGAGUUAAUUUCUUGGGGACCACACACAAGUUUUGAAAGAGGAAGAAAAAUUCGUUGUCGCUUCUUUACGUCCUCCAUAAAAGUGAAAUUGGGAAUUUUCACGCCGCAGUCGUGCAGUGAAGGAAAAGAAAUGUACAAAAAAGUGUGCUGCAACUUAAGAGAAGCGACAGCUUUUCCAAAAAUGUCUCAUGGUGCAAUUAGAGACAACACUGUGUAGCUGUGCCCGGGGUAUUUUCUUGGCGGCUAGCGAAGCGAAAAUCAAUUUGUCUUUCCCCUCAUCUACUCAUGGCUCCGCCGAUAAAACCCUUCGGCACUCUCCCGCUAAUGGCAGUCAGGCACACAGGCUGUGUAAAACUUAAAUCAGACAAAGUCUAAAAUCAUUUUACUGUGACGUUGCUAGAGCUUCUCUCUUCUCUUUCGGCUAAAAACCCUCCAGGAUUAAGUCAUUGAAAGCAGUAGCACAGAUUACAUGACGUAAGAACUAGGCUAACUGACUUUUUGACUUAAAAAAGCUUAAUACUAGCUAAAUAACGUGGAGAUGAAGGUCAUCAGUUUUUACGUACGUGGACUUCAAGUAAAAGAAGGUAAUCCUUGUAAUUUUUUUCAGAGGAAUUUCGGUCUGUUUCACUGAAGUACGCCCAUUCCACACCCGUGUCCAACGAAGAUGCCAUAAUUAAUGCGUACUAUCUGGUCAGCCGUUUGACCCAGCAAUCCCGUACGAGUACCAAACCAGACUCCGCACAGCACUUCUCGGAACUUGUGUUCAGUAUCCGCAAGCUUAACACUCCAGCCAUGGAGAAACUGUGGCAGAAGGUACACCAAGAGGAAGAUGAAAAGAUGCAGUAAGUGUUAAUAAUGUCACCUCACUCGACAGAUAGGAAAACGCCGUAUUCAGGCAUUAGAGACUGGCUUCCAAAUUGAGAGAAAUAUAAUGUAAUAACUGCUUAAAAUAUCACCCAAAGGUUUAUGUAACAAAUCAUGGCAAAUACACAUGAUGGCACGAAUGGCCUCAGUUAAGGAUGAUUAAAACGGUGAACGAUUGGGUUUUACAAAGUUGUUUCACAGGCCAAAAAGUCAUUUUCAUUUUUUUGUGUUGCAUACGCGAGAAAGACGUUUUAUGUUAUUUUUAAAGGGUGAGUCAUUUGUUAUUGAACCCAAGGUGAAGUUUCAUGGAACGUAUUUGACAAACGUAAACAAAAUGGGCUUAACUUUCGUGUAACGGUCCCUUAAGCGGCGGUCACCUACACCGUAAACCCUUGUGUUCUCGAGAAGGUCGUUAAGCGAAAUGACUGUUUGAUCUGCAAGAUUCUUUUCAUUUUUAUUCGCUGUCUUUGGUGAAUCUAUAAACUCAUAACGUUGAAUUAGAUGUAAUACUGUGUGGUAUGUCUUGAUAAAUACAACUACGUCCUUGAAAAUCUUUUUUUUAGUGAAUAUCUCUACGAUGCUUUACCCCACUGUGGAACGGGGGGCUGUGCUAAAGUGAUGAGUUAUGCCAUAAGGGAAAAGUUAGUUAGCCAUGAGCGAGGCAACAUGUUCCUGGCUGGUCUUGCUAUGGCGUCAAAUCCCACCAAGGAGACGGUUGAACACGUGUUGGAGCUUUGCGAAGAGAAUCCGGGUAGAACGGCCAUGUUGACUCUAGGAACACUCAUACACAAGGUCUGCGAGAGCAACCCUCGGGAGUGUGACGAAAAGGUUAGUUCAUAAAAACCUGAAAAAAAUUGUCAGAAACUUAUCUCGGUACAGACGUCUACUAGCGAAGCUUAUGUUUCCUUACAGCAAUACAAGUCAAAACAAUCAUAAAAAAUGUCCUUUGUAGGAAUCAGGUACUAAGCUAAGCACCAGUUCCAAUGAAGGGUAUGGCUUGUCCCGGGUUACCGUUAGUGAUUGAGUAAAGAAUGUAAGCCGUUUAGCAUCCGUAUGAAGCCAGUGAAAUGAGUGAUGGAGAGUGAGAACUGUACAAUACCUUGCUUCUGAACUAGAAGACCUAUAAAAGAAAUUAACACAAACAAAGAACCCAAGAAAUUAUUGUUGACCUCAGGUCAACUCUCUAACUAAUUGAGCAGCGCGGUCAAUCCGAAGCAGGAUUAGGCUCGAUUACCUUCCCGAGCGAGCAGCGGAAAUCGAACUUAAUGCAGGAUGCCCAAAAAUAAAACGUGUAACGUAAACUAAAAUACUGUUCCACUUUCGCCCCCGCUAGGAGGAAGGUAGCCCCAUCACCAAAGCGGAAAGCUUCUUGAAAUCACGUCUUGGCUUUGCAUGCGAGGGUACAACACCAGAAGACUUCGAAAAUAUGCUCAUCACUCUGAAAGCCAUUGGAAAUGCUGGCCGUCCUGCGUCUGCUGAACACGUCCUGCUGAGAUGCGCCCUCAAUCUGGACGCACCUGUCAACAUGAGUAUUGCUGCAUUGGAGGCCCUCCGUCGCUUACCUUGCAACAACCAUACGACGGAGCAACUUCUUAAGAUUUAUGGCGAACACGACCUCGAUGUUGAAAUCCGUAUCGCUGCGUAUCUCGCUCUUAUGAAGUGCCCCAGUCAAAGUGUUUUCAAAGAAGUCGCUAGAAUCCUCAACGACGAAGUCAACAACCAGGUUGGAUCGUUCGUAUGGUCACAUAUGACGAACGCCAUGGAGUCAACAGAGCCAGUACAUGGUCUUCCUCAGGCCGAGAUGAUGAAGGACGCUCUGAAUGGAAUGAAACUGCGAGAGUUUAAUCUCAACAGGUUGAAAUUCUCACGUGCUUGGGAGGGAUCAUUUUACAGCGGUAGGUUUGUUACUUCUGGCCAUGCUCUUCAGCUAUGACUUUCGACCAUGCAUAACGUCGGAACAGUACUCCGUGUUUCUUGUGACCGAUAAAAAACAUUUUAAGUUAGCGACUCUACCAAACCGUUGAGCGCUCUUCGUAGCAAAGCAUCACCAUUACUAGCGACAUAACAAAUGCAUCAGAAUAAUGACGGGCGAAAAUUGUACUUCUUUAUUGAGAUGAUAAGGUCAAGUUCGUUCUUGGCUAUAAGUAUCAACUAGAGAUGAUGGUCAUUGGUCAUUCUUUCCUCCCCCAUGAUAGCAACGUAACAUUUUGUUUAAAUUAAGAGUGAUGAAUUAAUCUAACUGUACCGUUAGUCUAGCAAUCCAAGCUUUAUUUUCAGAUUAGGGUCUGUUUGUGGCGAAGAUAGACCCAUUACCCUUACUUAAGGUUGGCUUCUGUUGAUGUAGGCUUGUUCUAGCAACUACCCCGUCUAAUAGUUCCUUUUUCUGUUUUCAUGCAGACGUUUUGAGAUUUGGUGGAUCGGCGCAGAGCCACAUUAUCUUCCAUCCCAGCAGCUUCUUUCCACGUAGUGCCAUGCUCAACCUUACAGUUGAUGUCCUGGGAGCGUCCAUUAACGUGCUUGAGACAGCCGCACGCUUCGAAGGUGUGGAAAUCCUGAUCGAACAGUUCUUUGGUGAUGAGGGGUACUUCCCUGAUGACCGCAUUAUGAAGAUGUUCAACCUAAAGCCGUACGAGGAGAGAGACAAGGAGGAGAGGACUGUCAAUAAAGUGCUCCGAAGACAGAGGAGUCUGAGCAUUGAAGAUGACAUCAACCGUGUAGAGAAUCAUCUUCAUAAACUUCACCGAACGGUAAGUUUAAGGAAAUCAUUUCCCAAAUGCAACAUUUUUCCCCUAAACGGCCGUUUAUGCAGAUUCUUUAGGGAUUGUAUCAAAAUUACAAACGUUACAAUAGGCGUUGUUGAACCUCUCUGUAGCGGAUUCAGUUGACCGCUUUUUUAUCUUCAUGCUAUGAAACAAAUCAGCAUCCUUCACUUAUUUUGACUUCCUUGCAGAAAAGGCUUUAUCUCUUCAUAUAUCUUACUCUUCAAUACAAUGAAACCACGUAGAAGUGACCACCCGGCCAAGGCCCAUAAAUACUAGUCUUAGUGGCGAGAUUUUAAGAGGAAAAUAACGGAGUGGUCCAUAGAAUUAAAGCGACGACAACGCUGACUUCGCGAUGAGUAGGAAACGAAACUUUGGUGUUAAGCCCGAUGGAAUGCUUUUGUGAGGGCGAGUUGAAAAGGUUUUGUGUAACUCCUUUAGCAUUGAAUGAAGUAGUCGAAUGAUCAAAGUCCAGUUGUUAAUUUUUACUUCCAGUCGCCAACGUUCCGUUUUGCUCUAGGUCACUAGUAAAAUGGGGUGGCUGCAAGGUGGGUUUCCUCUGUGGCUCCAUUCCACUUGGUGAAGUUAGUGAAGAUGUUGUUUUUCCAGAAUAAACCUCUCUUAGUUAUGUUUAUCCAUCACUUCGUGGGGUGACUCAUAACGAGGUUUUCGUUAUCUCCUUUACAGAUGGACAAUCGAAUGCAUCACCCAUCUGGCGCUCUCUCUGUGAAGAUGUUUGGUAAUGAGAUCAGACUUGCCAGCUUCAACGAUAUUAGCUGGCUAAACGAUGAGAUCGACAAGGUGAACGUCAUCGAUUUCUUGCUCCUGAUGGCAAAGGGUGGCAAGAAGACCUUCAGCAAGAGUAUGAUGUUUUUGGACGCCCAAACUACCGUCCCUACUAUUCUUGGUCUGCCGCUCAAACUGAGUGCUAAGGGAACCACCGUUGCUUCUGUGGAACUCGCUGGAAAGUUUGACAUUAGGAAUAUGUUCUGGGGAAAAAUGAAAUUUGAUAUUCGAGGCCAUGUAAAGCCAAGGUGAGAAAAUAGCGGAAGCGGCUAAUCGUUUCUCGAUACCCCACGUAAUUCUUUUUUGUCAAUUUCUUAUGUCUAAGAUGACAACAAUGAUGAUUGAACCGCGUGCCUCCUGGUUGGCUCAGUUGGGAGAGCGCCGAUCGGCUGAGCGGGAGGUCGCGGGUUCCCCGGUCGGACCAAAACUCAGGGUCUUUAAAUAGCUGAGAAGAAAGUGCUGCCUUUGUAAUGACAUCUGCAAACGGUUAGACUUUCAGUCUUCUCGGAUUAGGACGAAAAAACGUACAUCCCGUCUCACAGCACUUUCACUUACCUGGUUCUUGUAGGACGUAAAAGAACCCACACCACAGUUCGAAAAGAGUAGGGGACGUAGACCCCGGUGGUGCGGCCAACCUUUCCUGUGCUGGGUGGGUUAUCUGUGAGGUGAGAUCUUUAUGUAGGGAUAAGCUCAUGACCCUCCUUCAGGUGUCCUAAUGGCUACCUGUAAACAGUGUGUGUAAUACGUUUAAAACUACUAGCUGGCGUAUUAAUCAGCAGUGAUACUAACCAAUGCCACAAAAACUACUCUGUACUCUGUAAACAAUGAAAAUGAAGAUCGAGCUAUUAAAAGUUGACUUCUUAAACGAUUGAGGUUUUUUUGUUUCAACUGACGUUAAGCUUUUCUUUGUUUUAUACAGUGCUGUAGUCGAUAUCUCUGGUCGAAUGGGCGUGAGCGCUGUGCACGCUGAGGCUGGUAUCCUUGUCAACUCAUCUGUGUACACUGUUACCCAAAUCAAGGGAAACGCUACUUACUCUCAGGGUGAACUAUUGAAGUUUGAAGUCGGUGUUCCUGAGGAACCUGUGCAGUUUUUUAACUUCUCGUAAGUACACGAAUGGUGAUACUUAUUGUAACUAUGAAAGCAUGUCUAAGUAGGGACCACAACGAAACCGGCUCUUGGAUGUAAUACGUACAGGAACUGUGUCACGAAAUUUAUCAAAAUUAUAGCAGUGGGAACUGCUACCAAACUGAGUGAAAAACAACUGCUCCAAACAUGAAAGUCUCUGCUGGCAGGGAAAACAUAAAAAGAAGGUGUAAGUAAAACAGCAAAUACAAGAGAAAGCACGGAUGGACAAACUCGAAGAAGAUCAAAACUGAUUGCAAUUUUGGCUUUUUGAAAACUUGUAAGGCUAACAGAUAUUCAAAGUUAAUUGUCUUUUUUAUAUAAUGUUUGAAAGACAAGAGCAGUUUGACACCAUGCUGUAAUUAGGUAAUUUCUCACGUUCCAUAAUGAAAAAAUACGCGUAACUGGUAUUAUAGGCAAAAUGAACUCGAGGUUCCACUAUGUAGACAGCCGCGACACGGCUUCUUUAACUAAACUGUUUGCUUUUGUUACAGGUCGUCUCUUUUCACUACCCUCAAUGAUGAGAAACAGGCUAUUGAAGGAACACCAAGACGGCUUGAGGUAAAGAACUCAAUUUACUUAAAAGUGAUAAUAUUUCCCUUCGAUCUGGGUCCUUUGACAGCUCUGCAAAAUUACUCUAAGAGCUUCCAAGACCUGUGGAUAGGUUUUGAAUUUAAAGGUGGAAAGGAGUGCAAUAUGUUUUUAAGUGAUAUUUGAAACUUGUGGAGUCCUUGGCUGUUUUCGUGUUUUUAAUACGUCUUUCCUUUUCUUCCUGUAAUAGCCAUCGCCCUGCCUGAAUAUGACACGCCUUCUUGGAUUGAGAUUCUGCGGACAGCUGUCCUUGCCUCUUGGUUACCGGGACUUGCAUUCGCCGUUUUAUCCAUUGUCUGGUCCAGCUUCCUACAGUAUCUCAAUGCAGCGCACCGAUCCAAAACUCACCAGGUAUCAACUGCUCGCCGAACGCUUGAGCACCGAGGAUGAGAACAGAUACGAUGUCAUUGCCACCAUGUCCACUCCUGGAGCAACCUGGGAGCGAAACUUCGAUGCCAACGUCACUUUGUGGCUCAAAGAAGACGGCAAACUAUUCACCUUGUCCACAGGAGCACUUGGUACAAAGUUUGGCACCUUUGAAGCAAUUUACAAUAACAACACGCAUGCACUGAAUCUUACGUAUUCUGCCAAAGAUGCAGUUUACGGACAUCCAAUCAUCCUUAAUGGUCAGUUCUUUAAUAACACGAAGGACAGCCUUUCGCGAGAACUUGGUAUCCAGUUGUCUGCCUCGUACAGGAACUAUACCAUCAAGCAGCUUACCAAGCUCUACAACAGAUCUGGUGCGUAUGGAUUCGUAAAUAACAUCACAUACUGGCCUGAGAAAUAUCUCUAUGCUUCCGGCGAGCUAAACGUCCCAAAGAGAAACGUCCGCUUCUUGGCUAAUCAUACAUGCACAAAAACGGAAAUCAGCUUCAAUGGAAACCUUGGUGAAGAAGAAAAUACCUUCCUUUUCAACUUUGACAACAAGCCAACCAAGGCAGGUAUCGAACUUACUGGCAGACACCUGAAAGCAGAAAAGAAAGGCGUCAUCCACUUAUUUGCCCGCCCUUGUAACCAGUCAUUUACUCUACGCGGUUCCUAUGCCGAGAGUGGAAACGAGAAAGGCAUCCGCUUUACAGCCAGCCAUGACAACAGGAAGCGUUUAGUUGGAUGGUACGCUGGUAUUGUAAACUCAACCAAAGAGAAGUCUAUCAAGGCAAACGCCACUGUCCUUGGAAGCAAAGCGGAGGCUGUAUGGAGCUAUUUUAACUUGACGCAGGAGAAAGGAUUCAAGUUCAAUGGACUCCUUCUGAACAAAACGUUCGAUGCUGCUUGGUUAUACUUCAACGCUGGCCAAGAGAAGGGAUUGAAAUUCAAUGCCACAAGCUUCAACAGGACAAUGCAAGCAGCAUGGACCUUCCUGAAUGUUACAACAGGAAAAAGCUUGAAGUUCAAUGCAUCUGUCAUCAACAAGACCGUUGAAGCAGUGUGGUCAUAUGUCAGCAUCGGACAGGAGAAGGGACUGCGAUUGAACGCUUUGGCGCUGAAUUACACCAUGGAUAGUACCCUGGUCUUCCAGAACGUUACCGGCACAAAAAGCAUCAAAAUUAACGCAACCGUUGUAAACAAAACUCUAGAGGCUGUGUGGUCAUACGUAAACGCGGGAAAAGAGAAAGGAUUGCGCUUUAAUAUCACAGGCUUUAACAAGACAGCUGACUCAAUGUGGUCUUACUUCAACGACGGCGUGCAGAGAGGAAUUCGCUUUAACGCUUCAGCCCUCAAUAAGACUGUGGACGCCACCUGGACCUUCGUCAACCUCACAAACGAAAAGAGUCUGACGUUCAAGGCCAUCGCCUUAAACCGAACAGUUAAUGCAACAUGGAGUUUCCUUAACCUGGCCAAUGAGAAAAGUCUAAAGCUUAACAUAAGCGCUCUCAACAAGACCUUAGAUGCCAAAUGGUCCUUCCUUAAUUUCACCAACGAAAAAGGACUCAAAUUCCAAGCCAGUUGUAUGAACAAGACUGUUGAUGCAACAUGGAGUUUCGUUCAUUCGGCCAGAGAGAAAACCUUGAAGUUUAACGCCAGCGCCCUAAACACAACGUUGAAUGCCAAGUGGUCCUUCCUUAACCACGCCCACGAGAAAGGAUUGAAAUUUCAAGCCGGCGUUCUCAACAAGACCAUUGAAGCAGCAUGGAGUUUCGUAAACUCAGCCAGUGAGAAGAGUCUCAAAUUCAAUGCCAGUGCUUUGAACAAGACCAUUGACGCCAAGUGGUCUUUCCUCAAUGUAGCAAACGAGAAGGGACUCGGAUUCCAAGCCACUGCCUUCAACAAGACCAUUGACGCGACAUGGACUUUCCUAAACUCGGCCAGUGAGAAAUGUCUGAAAUUUAAUGCCAGCGUUCUAAACAAGACCUUGGAUGCCAGGUGGUCUUUCCUUAACUUCACUGACGAGAAAGGAUUGAAAUUCCAGGCAAGCGCUCUUAACAAGACUAUUGACGCGACAUUGAGUUUGAUCAGCUUGCCUAAGGGGAAGAGUUUGAGGUUUAACGCUAGUGCACUUAACAAGACCAUCAACGCCACGUGGAGUUUCAUUAGCAUGGAAAACGAGAAGAGCUUAGUUUUUAAAGCCAACCUUCUUAAUAAGACCGUCAACGCCACUUGGACCAUUCUCAACUUAGAAAAGGAGAAAGGCUUGCUAUUUAAAGCCAGUGCCAUUAAUAAGACACUCGAGACAUCAAUCACCUUCUUCAACCUAGGAAAGGAGAAGGGAUUGAAGAUAAGCGCAAAGGCACAAAACAAGACCAUAGACGCAAGUUGGAUUUUCCUUAACGUGACAAACGAGAAGAGUUUGAAGUUCAAAGCCAGCGCUUUCAACAGGACAGUUGAAUCGGUUUGGUCCAUCCUUAACUUCCCUACUGAGAAGGGCAUCAAAUUCAGUGUGACUGGUUUUAACAAGACGAUAGAUGCAGCUUGGACCUACAUUAACUUGACCAAUGAGAAGAUUGUAAAAUUCAAUGUCAGUGGGAUGAGAGAAAAUGUAGAAGCUUCAUGGAGUUACUUGAAGACAGAAAACGAGAGGUCAAUCAAGGUUAAUGCAUCUGUUAUGAAUAAAACUGCAGAAGCUGUCUGGAGCUACUCGAAGAGUAAGGACCAGAGAGCUCUUAAAUUUAAAGCCGCGUUGAUGAACAAGACGAUUGAAGCCAGCUGGAGUUACUUGAAGAACGAGAAAGAAAGAGCCAUCAUGUUUAACGCCUCCGCGUUGAACAAAACUGUUACAGCUGCCUGGGGCUUCGUGAGGGAUCAGAAUGAAAGCGCGCUGAGGUUCAAGGUCUCCACAAUGAACAGAACAGCUGAAACCGUCUUGAGCUACUUCUGUAAUGAAAACGAAAGAUCCGUGAAGUUCAACGCCUCGGUAAUGAACAAAACGGUGAAGGCUGUCUGGAGAUACGCGAAGGGCGGAAACGAGAAAUCUCUUCAGUUCAAGGCGUCCGCACUGAACAAAUCUGUUGAGGCCAUCUGGAGUUACUCGGAGAAUGAGAAUGAGAGAGCCAUCAAAGUUAAUGUCUCCGCCCUUAACAAGACUUCAGAAGCCAUAUGGAGCUACAUCAGGGAGGAAAACGAAGCAACCCUUAAAUUUAAGGCUACUGCAAUGAACAGAACCAUUCAAACAAUGUGGAGCUACAUGGUAGACGAAAACGGAAGAUCAAUCAAGUUUAAUGCCUCUGCCUUAAACAAAACUGCAGAAGCCAUCUGGAGUUAUUCCAACAACGCACAUGGACGAUCCAUCAAGUUCAAAGCUACAACCUUGAACAAAACCAUGGAGGCCGUCUGGACUCUUUUGAACACUGAUUCCGAGAAGGGACUCCGGUUCAAUCUUGCAGUGAUGAAUAAGACCUCGAAUGCCUCGUUGAUUUAUUUCUCAAGCCCAUCGAACUUGGGAGUUCGUUUCAAUGUCAGUUGCUGCAACAAAUCGUUCGAGCUAGAGAGCAAACUCGUUUUUCAGGAAAGGCAGAAGAAACUUGUGAUCAACGCUUCCUACCAGAACUACACUGUCGCACUGAUUGGAAUUUUCCAGAAUUCAACAACUCAGAAGCGCGCUUGUCUGUUCCCUAAAUAUGUUGGUCGUCCUCAUGGGGGAAUCUGUGCCAUUUUCACAAAUAGCUCGGAUGAGAAAAGCCUUUCCCUCAACUUAACCAUCUUUAACAGAACAGGGGAAUUGAAAACGCUGUGGGUUAAGAAUCGCGUCGAAAUGGCAAACCGAGUAACUGUUCAGUUCAACAGAACCACCCUCCUUGAAUCCUGGUUGAGCUUCCUUCACACGACCGAGAAGAAGAGUCUCAACUUUAACACGACGGUAAUCAACAAAUCAGCCAGUGCUUCUCUUUACUUCCGCAACACAACAGUCAAAGCUAUUGGAUUUGAAGCCACAGUUUUAAAGAAACACGUUGGCGUGGAAGGUGUCUGGCUCAAUGGCAAGACCUUGAAAGAGGCUGCUGUCCAACUAUUCUGGAACAAGACUGUCGUCGCGAAAACUACCCUAAAGCUCUUGAAUAAUAGCAACCGCAAGAUGGUCGAGGUACGCUCACAAGUUGACCGCUUCGCUGCAGAAUGGCAGUCGACACUGAUUAGCCAAUCAGGGGGUGUAAAAGAGCUCAUAAUAACCCGCAUGGCUAGAAAUGGAAGUCAAAGCCUAUUUUUUGAUAGCUCCAAACUGACAUGGUCAAAAACGAGCAAGAGCCUUUCACUUGGUUACCAGUACAAUCUUAAACUGAUGGGACGCUCUUAUGAACACGGCUGGGUCGCAGCAUACAACAACUAUUCCAAUGCCGAGGAUUCCUAUCACGAGGCCACUGUUUCUCUUGUUUACUUUAAAGACAAGGUUGUAACAUUGACUGGUGUUUACAAAAACAACACGGAAGAGCUCUCCAACGUUCUCACCCUUAACUACCUGCCUGAGAAAACAAUGACGCAUUCCUUAACUUGGUUUAAGAAGAGCAAUUCUGUAAAAUUGAGCUUGGAGCUACUUCCAAGAAGGCCCAUUACCUGGACAACCACCUGGAACACAGAGCAUGGUAUCUCGAUCAACAGCGCCGUCGAGUUUUUGAACAAGAAAAUUGAAAACUGGUUUACUUACAGCAGAACCACUGGUGAGUACAGUGGACACUUUGAGAUCUGCCCGGCGUACCCUGUGAAAGUAAGUGGUCUGCUGACUAUGGAGAAUGGCUUGCACUUAACGAGCGAAAUUUCGGCGUUCAAAAGAACAUGGAAUCACAUGAUCAAUUUCAGAAAGAACGAUCAGCAACUCCUCGUAUCCGUUGAGGUUGUGCCUAAUGUCCCCGUCGCCCUGGAUGUUAACUGGAACACUAACCAAGGAAUGCAAAUUGCCAUGGAUUUGAAAGGUUUUAGUAAAUCACUUCAACUCUUCUCCUCCUACGACAACCUCACAAAGACGCUAGUUUCUGGCCUAACGGUUCUAAAGAAAACAUUCACCUUAACUGAGAAACUGGACAUAGAAAGGAAGACUCUGGUCCUGAUGCUUGCUGCAUUCAAUCGUACCGUUGGUUUCACUGGACGGUUUGACUGGAAUAACUAUGUUGCUAGCUCUUUUGUAAGAUACCAGAACAACCAAGCAGGAUGGCUCUUAAGAUUUAACCCAGCGGUGAGGAGCAUUGUCUUCAAUGUAACCGUUUCUCCAAGAAUCUCGGGCCAGAUUGUCAGCGAGAUGCCAAAUAACGGCAGUGUUCAGGUGACCCUUCAGCGCAAACUCGGUGUGAAUGUGGUUAACGAGUCUCGUCUGAUGUACCUCUUAAACGCAAAGGCAAGUCGCCUGACAUUUACCUGGAAUACGACCUCCGUAAACACUCUUGUGGGAAGAGUUCAGGUCUUAAAGUCUGUUAUCAGAAGCACCAUCGUGAAAUACUAUAAUCUUACUGUCCGAAGAGCGAAGAACUAUACUAAAGAACUAGACAGGAUUGUGAAGACACUAGAAGCUAAAAUCAGACCUGCGGCUCUGAAGCUGUACGCUCGGGUGAAGCGUUUCGAUUACAAUGGACUGGUGACGAAUCUCACAGCAAAGGCUCAGAACGCCACGCUUCGACUUAUCAACGUGACAUUUAACUUCCUGAAUGGCACUGUAAAGCGCUUUUCAAUUGUCAUGCGCAAUGCCAGUGUAUAUUACAAGGGGAUCCUGGGUAACGCUACUGAUCUUUUCAAGAGUAUUAACCUAAAUGUAACCGAAGCCUACGAACGAUUCCGACGAGAAGUGCUGCCACCCAUAGUUGGAAAUGUAACCCUACAUCUGAAAAGUAUCACUCGAGAUAUCAAAGUCUGGGCGAAUAACGUUUCCCUUUUAGUGGGUUCCGUGACACUUCGUGGGCAGAAUCUUAAGGAUAUAGCCAAGAACGUCUCUGGCAAGGUUAAAGUUGUAACGGCAGCCCUUCUUGAAAAAGUUAAAUUGAAAACACGUGAACUUAUUGUCAAAAUUCGAGAGGUUGAGAUUCGUGGGGAAAAAGUUGGUCCUUUGUUCGACGAAUACGUGUCUAAAGUUGAGGAAUUCACAUGUGGUUUUAAUACCUCCUGUACACUUAAAAAUUUAACCGUCAUCGCCAAGAGCUUGGGAAUGAGUAUUCGUAAUAUCACGGUUCUCAACAAGACUGUUGAAGAACACGUCACGCUUCUGAACAAGACAAUCCAGCAGCACUUCAAACAGUUCAACACCACGCUUCGCCAGCAGUUCAAAACCCUGCACAAGAAAGCCUGCUUUGUACAUCAGAUAGUGAUGAAUUUCACGAGGAAUGCAACGAGAAUUCUUCCUAGGCUAGUACGAAAUGUUACCAUCCAAGCCAUUCGCCUGGCGAGAAACUUUAGCAAGGAAGUUCGGAUCAUAGCCGUGAAGGUCAGAAAUGUCACACUUGCAACUUAUACCAAGCUGACAACGAUCAACGGCCCACUCAUUAACUUCACAACCAAAGCUUACAUCUCUAUUAAAGGAAAAGUGUAUCCUUUGAUGUUAAAGGUUUUCCACCCUAUUCGCAAGUUUGCUAUGGAGCUUAACAACAAUGUAUCCGCUUAUCUGAGACCCAUUGUUCCUUUGGCACUUGGCACUAUGUACCAACUUAGAAACAUCACUAUCCGUGGUAUCCCCAUUGGCCACACGCUGGAUGAAGCGGUUAUCAUUUCCUUGAAGUUAACAUCGGAAACUUUAAAGUCUAUCAAUCACACGCUCAGCAGUAACAUCUCCGCCGUUGUCAGCUUUAUCCGCGAAAAUGCAGCAAAGAAACCUGAAGAGAUCAUAGAUUUCACCAUCAGAAAGAGCAUCCAACUUUACAAUCUCACAAUGAAGGUCUUUAACCAGUCUUUACACCUCAACCUCGGUAAGCACGUUUCUCUAGCCUACAACAAAUCUGUGGAAGUCUUCAACAAGACCCUGCAAAAGCUUCUGGAGCUUCGUCCUAAAGAUAUUAUAGAAAUAUCUAUUAAGCGAAUCGAAGACUUUGCUAGCAACAUCACCGCAGAGGUAUUAAACAUCACUAAACAACUACGUGGCCUGGACUUUAUUCUCCGCUUGAAGACAGCAUGGGCGGAAAUGGAUCUUAAAGGUAAAAUUGAAGCUCUUGGACUUGAGGCGAGAUGGCAAAACCUCGUGCAGCGCAUUCGAACAGUCAACAUAAAAGAACGGGCACUCCUGGUUAAAUACUACAUCAGUAACGUAACACUGAAAGUACAGAAUGAAUUACAGGACCUCAUCAGACUUACCCAACAUGUCUUGAACUUAACAGGUGCCCUUAUCCGUAUGAAUAUUACCAAAGAGGUGUUGUUCGAAGAAUUCAUUUCCCUUGUAAAUGAGAGUAGCCGCAUUUUCAUCAAGUAUGGCAUCAUGGCUAGGAACACCACCUCCGAGUGGAGAAGGAAGCUGCUCAGUGCUUCUUAUGAAACGAUCAACUUCUACAAGAGUUUAACUCUUAACAAAACCAUUGAAGGCUACAUCUUGUUGAAGAAGCAUGGGCAGGCGUUCUAUGAUGAUCAUCGUGACGACGCACUGAAGGUCUACAACUUCUACAAAAAUGCAACGUGGGAGAUGUACGAGGAACUGAAAGAAAACGCCGUGGAGAAACUUCAGUUAUAUCGUGCCAAUUUGACCAUUAAGGUGAACGCAUUGGUGGCAAAACUGAGACAAUGUGAGAACAUGACGUACGAAGAGAUCGUAAUCAAGACCUAUGAGUUCUCCAGAAAACAUGGAUUGGCUAUUUAUAAUAAUGUCACUCUGCGUGCUAUCAGGAUCUACAGGAACGUUACCAUCCGCGCAUUGAAACUGUACAAGAACAUUUCCACCCGUGGACUGCAGUACUACAAGAACAUCUCCCUGGAGGCAAUUAGCCUCUACAGGAAUGCUACGGUUCGCGUUUUCUCCCUUUAUAAGAACAUCAGCGCUCAUGGAAUUCAACUCUACAAGAAUAUCACUGUUCGUGGAAUUCAACUUUACAAGAAUGUCACCUUGGUUGUAUCUCAACUCUACAAGAAUGUUACCUUGCGUGCAAAUCAGCUUUAUAAGAAUGUCACCUUACGCGCAAUAGAACUCUUCAACGUCACCAAGAAUGCCACUCUUAAAGCGUACAACCUCACACUGACGUUGGUCAAUCGUACGAAGCUUCUGACCAUUAAGUACCUGGUUGUCACUCGCAACCUAACCCUCCAUUACUUCAACGUCACUCGAAACUACACUCUUCAAUACUACAACUUGACUCGCAGUCUUGCUUUCAAGUAUUAUCAGAAGUACUACAACCUGAGCCGGAACUAUACUCUCUACAUAUACAACGUGACGCGCAACAUGACGUUCCCUGGCCUUAACAAGACACGUGAGUUUGCCCUCCGUGGAAUACGAUACCUGCAGUAUGUAAACGAGACUUUGGUGCCCAUCAUGAAGCAACGAUUCCUAAUAGGAAAAGUCUUGGCUGCGAGGUACGUCAACGAGACUUUACUGUUUGUACGAGGAACUAUGUAUAUGGUAAAAGUAUGGUAUCGAGAGAACAAAGAGAAGACCGUUGAUGAGCUGUAUUAUGAAGUGUACCAACUUGCAGAGCAUUAUUCCAUCGUGGCAAAAGAACUCUUAAGGCGCAAGUACGGUAGAAUUAAAGAACGCGUACAGGAAAAGAUAAACCACUUGCAGACAAAUUUGAACAUCAAGUUGGAAGGAUGGAAAGAGAAGCUUCAUAAGCUGAACACAACGGUGGUAAACAUGAUAGCUGAAGCAGUCUCCUUAUACAACCAGUCUGCCGACGUUACUUAUAUCGCUGCAAAAGAACUUGUUUCUAUCUUCCAUCCCUAUGUCACGUCCUUGCACAAUAAGACUGUUAUCUACUUUGUCCAGGCCAAGAACAUCUCCCUGCCUCUCAUUGGCAAGGCAAGAAACUUCACACUUUUGAAACUCGAUGAGACACGAAAGCUGAUUAACGAGACAUACAAGAACUUAAUUGAAUCUGAACACCUUCGGGACCUUAUUCAGAAACUUCAGUUAAAACAGCGUUACGCCAAAGCAGAAGGGCUCAUUCGUAAGAAAUAUGAAGAACUUGAGGAAUAUGUCAAGGAGAUAAAACCUAAAGUUCAGGCUAAAGUCCAAGAAGCGGUUGAUUACUUGAACGUAUCACUUCCACUCAGAUUCAAGGAAAGGUAUAUCUUUGUGCAGGAGAAGUACCAGAUGAUUAUGGCUAAUCCUCGAAUUUUCAUUGAAAGAGUUCUCAGGAACGCUCUGAUGUAUCUCAGAAAUGCCACAAGGGAGACCCCAAUCGAGGAAUACCUUUAUGAAGAAAGAUGGGUAGAGCUCAUUGAACAAGCUAAGCAGCAUGAGCUGGUUGAAGUUGGCCGAAAUCUCACGAACUACACUUCCGAUUAUGUGCGACUAGCUGUAAAGUUGGCGUCAAAGAAUCUUAAGCUGUUCAUAGAGCAACUCAAGAACCAAACUAGCCUGAUCAAAGAAAAGGUAAAAGCUAAGGUACAAGAGACGCGGCAGACACUGAUUGAAAAUCUUGAAGGUUUGAGGGCCAAGAAACUCCGAGAAAUCGUCGAGCAUGAUUAUGUUUACCAGACCAUAGAACUGGCGAAAAAUGUUACUCUGAGAGUUAAGGACACAGUUCAAGGAGCCCGUAAUCUAACGCGCAAGAUCAUGGUAGUCGGACAGCUGUACUACAAAAACAUCACUGCCAAAGUUGGAAAUUACACCCUCCUUCUUAGGAUGAAAGUUCACAAUUACACGAAGUUUCUAAAGCAGCGUGUCCAAAACUAUUCCAGGAUACUGAACGAGACCAUUCGCAAUUACACCAAGAUUCUGAAUGAGACGGUUUACAAUUACACCAAGAUCAUAAAGGCACAAGUUAAGAAUUACACCAACUUGAUCAACGUUACUGUUCAGAGCUACACGAGAAUUCUGAAUGCCUCCAUACAGAACUACACAAAGAUCUUGAAUGCGUCGAUGAAGCACUAUACAAAGAUCUUAAAUGCCUCGAUUAAGCACUACGCAAAGAUCCUGAAUGCUUCGGUUCAGAACUAUACCAGUAUUCUACAGGCUAAAGUUCAGAAUUACACGAAGAUUGUCAAGGCGCAUUUCAAGAAUUUCACCUUAGCUUUGAGAGGCCAUUAUGAACGCAUAUACGAGAGCCACUUCCUUCCACUUUACAGAAAUGGUACUAUAAUGGUUUACAAGUACAAAGCAAUGGCUCAGCAUUGCAUUGGUCGAUGUAGUAACGUGACAAUGAGAGCAAUUUCCAUGGCACGCAACUGGACAACAGCUAAACUGAACCUGACGCGUGCGUGGAUAAACCAGACUCUGGAGAAGGGUAUCAAGUAUUACAGAGACGAAUUAAAGCCACUGUAUCACAGCAAAGUUCUUCCUUUCUAUAAUAAUACACUCCAGCCUAUUUACCACAACCUCAGUAAACUCGUAGGAGCAUUUAAGAGGAAUUUGACAUUACAGGCAAUCAUCGUGAAAGAGCGCGCGAUCAACUUGACUGACCAACUCGUCAAUCUCACAAUCAAUAGUCAUCCCUACACUAUGCUUCGAAAGGUGGGCAAAAUGACCAUCCGCGAGUCUGUCAUAGAGGGACGCACCAUGUACAUCCGGGCUUACAACUACACACUGAACCUUACCCGACUGGUUGUGAAUGUAACGCUGACAAAGCUGAACGUCACCAAGACCCGACUGGACCUCGCUAUAAACAAGACUAUGUUGAUCAUUAAUACAACUAUAGUGGAAGCAAAACCCGUUAUUGUCUUCUUGAAUGCAACACGUUUAGAGAUGAUGGAGACGGCGAUAUUCAUCUGCAAGUACUAUGGACUUGAGGACUCGGUAAAAGAGCGUGUACGAAGAAGCCUUGACAUUACGAAAAAUGUCACCAUGAAAGCUGUCAACGCGGUCAAACGUUAUGCUCCCGUGCUCCUAAAGACAUCAACAGCAAAAGCACUUGGCGUUUUUAACUACACCAUUCCAUACGCCCGCGAUUAUUUCAAUCGUACUGUUGUCUAUUUCAACGCAACUCUCGUCAAGGCGAGGCAUCUACUGAAUGUGAGCAUCCACAAUGCCACAGUGCUCCUUAACCAGACCCUUUACGAGGCAAUUCAAUUAACCAGGACUGCUUUCAAUGGAACCGUUCCCAAGAUUAUCCGUCUUUUGAAUGUGAGCAUCCACAAUGCCACAGUGCUCCUUAACCAGACCAUUUACAAGACAAUUCAAGUUACAAGGACUGCUUUCAAUGGAACCGUUCCCAAGAUUAUCCGUCUUUUGAAUGUCACCAUCCACAAUGCCACAGUACUCCUUAACCAGACCAUCCAGAAGACAAUUCAAGUUACAAGGACUACUUUCAACGGAACUGUUCAUAAGAUGAUCCAUCUACUGAAUGUCACCAUCCACAAUGCCACAGUACUCCUUAACCAGACGAUCCACAAGACAAUUCAAGUUACAAGGGCUACUUUCAACGGAACUGUUCAAAAGAUGAUCCAUCUACUGAAUUUCAGCAUCCACAAUGCCACAGUGCUCCUUAACGAGACCAUCCAGAAGACAAUUCAAGUUACAAGGGCUACUUUCAACGAAACUGUUCACAAAACGAUCCAGUAUGCCCGGGUUGCGUUCAACAAAACCGUUGACAAAACAGUCCAACUCGCCCAGGCUGUUCUCAACACGACGAUCAACAAAGCCAAGUCAGUUUUCAACUACACUAUCAGCAGAGCCCGUUUCUCUAUCCAGAAAGUCCGUGUUGCAGUUAAUGAAACCAUUGACAAGGCGCGUAUUUCCCUAGAGAGAGUUCGCGUAACCAUCAAUGAGACCAUCGCUGAUUUCCGUGCGGCUCUUCCAAAGUAUAUCCAAGUGAGGGAUGGCGAAAUCACUCUUGUUGUACCACAUCCAAGAGCCAUUCAAUUGAACAUAACUUCUCUUGCUGUUGCUACGAUUGGAAGACUCAGAAACUUGUCAAUGGAAGCUCGUGGCAUAAUCGUUUCCAAGAUAGAGGCUUUGAAACAGGAUGCAGUGCUUAAGAUUGAGACCUUGAAAACCACCUUACAGUCCUUUAAAGUAAAUGCACUGGAUAAGAUCAACACCUCGAAAGAAGAAGUCUUGAAAAAGAUGGAAACGUUGAAACGCGAAGUUGUUGCCACGAUGAAUUCUUUAAAGAAAAACGCACUUUUAAAGAUGGAGGAGUUGAAAGUUAACGCAUUAGAGAAAGUAAGCGAGUUGAAGGUUAAAGCAGCGAAUCUGACCAGGCGUGUGAAGACUCUAGGAAAAGCCUUGGUUGCUGAGGCCAUGAACAGAACGGUGCUGUACCACCAAAAGGCCUACGGACUUAUAAUGGAAGCUUACAACAUCACUAGGCGUGUGAAGACUAUAGGCAAAGCCUUGGUCGCUGUGGCCAUGAACAGAACAGUGCUGUACCACCAAAAGGCGUUUGGAUAUAUAAUGGAAGCAUACAACAUCAGCAAGAAUUACCCGGCGACUGCGAGGUACAUUAAUGUUACUCUCCAUUACAUUAACAUCACCAAGGACUUGGCUGAUUUCUACCGCCAGCACGGCUACGCUUUUGUGAUGAAUGCUUACAACCUAACAAAGAACCAUCCUGUCAUCAUGAAAUUCCUGAACCUAACUGUUCGAUAUUUCGCCUUGACCAAAGAACUGGCUGUGAAGUACCACCAGACGACAAUCAGGCUGGCGACAAGCUAUUACAACCUGACAAGGAACCAUCCAAUUAUACUGGAGUACACAAACAAGACUCUCCAGUAUUUCGGCGUCGCCAAGAACUAUGUCAGAGGCCUAAGCUUGACCCAGUUGAAGAACACGACUGUGAAAUAUCUUGCCCGCGUUUUAAAUGUGUCCCGCGGAUAUUUCAACAUACCACAGAUCAGGAAUAUCACAGAGAAAUAUCUUGUCCAAGCCUUAAACAUUACGCGCCAAUACCUGAACGUCACACAGAUCGAGAACUUCAGCCGCCUUUACUUAAACCAAAUGCGAAGCCUUACCUACAAGUUGCUGAACAUGUCGCGCCAGAGCCAAUUCCUUAACCAAGUGAGAAACAUGACGUACAAAUUCCUAGACUUGUCUCGACGUUGCACUUUCUUUAAACAGAUGAGAAACGCGACACACAAGUUCUUAGCUUUGUCUAGACGUUGUACCUUCUUUAAACAGAUGAGAAAUGCGACCUACAAGUUCCUUGACCUGGCACGCCGGUGUACCUUCUUCAAACAGAUGAGAAACGCAACGCACAUGUUCCUCAACCUGUCGCGUCGUUGCACGUUCCUUAAUCAACCAAAGAAUGUAACGCUGAAGUACCUGUAUCGAGCUGUGAACUUGUCACGCCACUGUCUAAACAUCACACAAAAGUAUCUGUCACAAGCCUUGAAUCUGUCACGCCAAUGGUACAGGAUAGGAGUUAACGCAACGCUGAACUACUCCAUUCAAGUGUACAGAAUCGCCGAGAAUGUAACGCUGGACAUCUAUAACUCAAGCUGUCUUAAGGAAGCUUUUGGCAAGGCGACGAAAUACUCGACGAUUGCUUUGAAUGCCACUGUGAAGCUUUGCAGUAACUAUUCCAGCACUGCUUUGAACAAGACUAUGAUUUUAUACAAAAACUAUUCAACAGUAGCCUUAAACAAGACUCUAGCCUUUUACCGAGAAACUUUAAAUAGAGCCAGGAACUUCUCCGUAGUAGCAGUAAAGAAGACCAUUAAACUGUACAGACGCAUGCGCAACAGGGCAUUGGUAAUCAUUUCCAACACGACGUUAGUGAAGCAGUACAUCCCUAUGGUCAAGAAAUAUGUGCCACUCGCUAUCAACAUCACCCGUAAUUUCACUGUACAGACAUACAGAGUAGCAGUAAAUGUAACCUUGGAUGUUUAUAACUCCAGUUGUCUGGAAGAGGCAUUCAACAAAACAAGACGAUACUCAAAGAUAGCUUUCAACGCCACCGUGCAAGUCUGCCAAGUGGCAGUGGUACGCGCUAAGAAUGUUUCUGCCAUUGCAUUAAACAAGACCUUCGCAUUGGGCAAGAAUUAUUCCGCCAUAGCUUUGAAUAAGGCUAUCGCCCUCUACAACAAGACGCUUGAACUGUACAAGAAUUGCUCCAAGAUAGCUUUGAACAAGACAAUCGCCUUCUACAACAAGACAGUUGAACUUUGUAGGAACUACCCUAGGAUUGCUCUCAACCAGACCAUCGCCUUCUACAAUAAAACAGUCAAGUUAUGCGGACGUCUGUACAAUAGGACCAUGACGGUCGUGUACAACACAACUUUAGUGAAACACUACAUUCCUAUGGUCAAAAGGUACGUGCCCCUUGCUGUCAAUGCCACCCGAAACUUCACUGUGAGGGCCUACAAAGUGGUAUUAAAUAUAACAAUAGACAUCUACAAUUCCAGUUGUUUAGGAGAGGCCUUCAACAAAACAAGAAACUACUCGAGGAUAGCUGUCAAUAAAACCGUGAAACUCUACCAAGUAGCAGUGGUACACGCUAGAAAUAUCUGUGGUUUAGCUCUGAACAAGACCUUUGCACUGUACAAGAACUACUCAACGAUAGCUUUGAACAAGACCAUCGCCAUCUACAACAAGACCCUUGAUUUGUACAGGAAUUGUUCCAAGAUAGUUUUGAACAAGACAAUGGCUUGCUUUAACAAGACACUAGGAGUGUACAAGAAUUACUCCUCCCUAGUUUUAAACAAAACCAUCGCCUUCUAUAACAGAACGGUGAAGCUGUGUAAGCGUCUGUACAAGAAAUCCAUGGUAAUCGUAUCCAACACCACAUUGGUUAAGUACUGUAUUCCAAUUGCGAAAAUAUACCUGCCAAUUGCUGUUAAUACCACACGAAACUUCACUCUAAAGGCGUAUAGGCUAGUUGUGAAUGUAACCUUGGACAUCUACAAUUCCAGUUGUCUCGGAGAAGCUUUCAACAAAACGAGAAACUACUCUAAGAUGGCUUUCAACACAACCGUCAGAAUGUACAAAAUGGCAGCGAUUAAAGCAAGGAAUUACUCCGGAAUGGUGUUGAAUAAGACCCUCGGAUUGUACAAGAACUAUUCCACCAUCGCACUGAACAAGACGUUAGAGUUGUAUGGAGAAGUGCUAAUUAAGGUGAAGAACUACUCAGCGCUAAACAAGACCAUUGCCUUCUGUCAAGUUGUGUACAUCAAAGGCGUAGAAGUAACGAAGAAGUACCUCCCGAUGGCAUAUAAUCUCUCACGCCAAUGGUGCGGUGCCGGAUUUAACACUACUCGCAGCUUUGUUCUUCAAGUCUACAGGAACGCCGUGAACGCAACUCUCGACAUUUCUCAAUCCGAGAACCUGCCUCAAGCCUUAGUGAAGUUCAGGAAUUACUCCAUUGAAGUGUUUGACCAGACCGUGGAGUUAUGUCAGAGGUUCUAUCGUCAGUUGUACAACGCUACUCUUAAGAAAUAUCGCGAUGUUUACAGCCAGUCCUUGGCGCUGUACAGGGAAAUAGCGUAUCAUGAGAUAACAGUGGAGUGUAUCAACAAAGCCCGCAGCUACUUCCACCACACGAAACAUAUAGUCAAGAUGAGAGUUAGGAACUUCCAUCGAGCCAAGGGUCACUUGCAAAAGCGGGUCAACCAUCAUAUAAACCGAGUGACACACCUCCUGAACCCAAUCAAUUGGAUUCCACCUUUUAAUAGUAAGUAUUGCUCGAUGAAUUUUGUUUUAAUGGCCUUUGUAGGGCACUUCUGGGAACAACGGAAGAUCUACGAGGCAAAUCGUUAUCCCGACACUCUCCGGGACCCCGUAGCCCUUCCAUCAUAUACACUGCAGAAUCAAGAGAUCUGGCAUUCUGGGCUUGAUAUCGAGGCUUUUUUUUAUUUCUAAGUCUUGCGUAUUAUAUUGUAUAUUACUACAGAAAAGGAAGGAAAGAUCUAUCUAAAGAUCUAUCUAAAUGAUCUUAUUAAAAACUGAAUCAUUGGAUAAUGCAAUUCUAGAGCUCUGAUUGGCUUAGCCAUCAUGGUAUAUGAGUCAUUAUACUAUGCUCUCCAAAUAUGGUAACUGUACGCGUCUGCUCAAAAUUAAAAGCAAGCUGAAAAUCGAUUGUUUUUAAAAAUAAAGUCGGGGAGAACUCUCGAUAUUUUGUGGGCGUUUUUAAUAAAACAAUUAUUUCACUCGCGCUUGUUGGACAUGAGAUGAUUAUAGCCAACUCGGCGCUCCGCACCUCGUUGGCUACAACCAUCUCAUAUCCAACGCGCACUAGUGGAAUAAUUGUCAAAUAUCCGAACUUUUGGCUUAAACCACUGUUGUUGCAGAAAAUUAACUAUAUUUCCGCUCUUUUUUGCUCCAGGCACUGCCAUGAUCUUUGGAGGACCUCAUGUGUACACGUUUGACGGCACCUAUUACACCUUCCCUGGUUAUAAGAAGCCUAAUUGCAUGUAUGUGCUGGCAAGGGACGUUCGUNUUGCAUGUAUGUGCUGGCAAGGGACGUUCGUGAUAAUAAGUUUACCAUCAUGAGUCAAGAGACCGCCAUCUUAGUUGUCACGAAGGACUCCAGUGUGAAGAUAUACCAGGAUGGAAGAGUGGAGACCAUUGUCAAGGUUAGUAUAGAAACAUUUGGUACUGUGAGAGAUUGAUCAACUGAACUUUAUCUUGCAAACUUGCACCAUGUCAAAUCAAAGAUUCAACUAAAUAUGUACUUAAUGUUAUUAGUUAUUCAUGCGCGAUACUGGGGACCACACCCUAUGGACGAAAGGCAAUUAGACAUUUUCUCAAACCACCGUCGCAAACCAACGACAUUGCGAAGGAUUUUGCGUAGUGCAGAAAAAUAAGUACAGGUCCAUUAAGAUUUGACGAGAAACUUAGUUUAGGAAGAGAAAGGGUGCAGCAAGUUCUUGUCUGUACUGCGUAGUCAUUAUCUCCACCCUUAAACCUCAAGAGUCACCCAACAUUCAAUUUCUCUCCAUAGUUACACUGCUCAAUCAAAUACAAAGGUAGUAAGAAAAUAAAAGUGAUCACCAAGCGAAAAGGUUUUGAUUGUCAAAUAAAUUAUCCUCAUAAAUACUAUAGGAACUGUUUAAGGAAGAGGGUGGAAAAAACGUAUAUCAUCUACCGUUUUCAGAUUACCACGUCCGGAAAGAAAACAAGUGACGGUUUCGUCAGUGAGCUCCCGGUGGAAACGCUCAACACCACCGUUCAGCGGGAAGGUUCCUUCAUUAUCCUUCGACAUGAUCUUGGCUUGGAGAUUGUUUGUGACGUUGAACAUUAUCUGUGCACCUUUAACAUUGCCAAAUGGUACCACGGCAGGAUGGCAGGUAACACUUGCUUGUCACGUAGGGCAAAAUGUUAGCUUAGUGGAGGGGUAGGUGGGCAUUUUCUCAGAAACCUCAAUUGAUCAAAUGUCCACACUUCUUUUACAAAUACAAGUGAAAAUAUAAGGGCAACCAAACGAGUAAAUAUGUCUAUUACGACCUCGUUAUUUGGACAGUUUAGUCUCUUUGAUUAAUAAAGUCGAAAAAUAAAAAACUUUUUUAUGGAGCACCUCUUUUCAUUUUUGCCCUUCGCGUUUCCUCUUUCCCUCGUUCCACUCUAUUACGUUAGCAACGCUGGCUACGAAGAUACCAACUGAUAUAUCCCAUAUGUCAUCCUUUGUUGUAAUACAGACUCUAAGCCCUGCUUUCUGGGGGCUAUGAAGCGUGGUAUGGAAGGGAGAGGGGAGGCGGGAGAAGGGGAGGCGGGAGAAGGGGAGGCAGGGGAAUGGGGGGGGGGGGGGGGGGGAGAGGGGAACGUAAUUGGCUGUAACUUUCGGGCUUUUUUUUAAGAAGGCUUUUCCGUCUGGACUAAACCAAAUUGCCAAGCCAACAACCUUUUAUCCGUUUUUGGGUAUCGUGGGACACAAAAAAAACGCAUUCACCCUUUCCCCCAUUCCCCCUAUUUUGAUUUACACAGGGUGGGUAAAAAAACCCACCUUUAAUCCUCCUUUUUUCUUUCUUUUUUGUAAUAACGGCUCUAAGCCCGUGGUUUGGGGGGGUGGGAAGGGGGGGGGGGGAGGGGGGGGGGGGGGGGGGGGGGGGGGGGGGGGGGGGGGGGGGGGGAGUGAGACAGGUGAACGUACUUAGCUGUAACCUUACGGCUUUUUUGUAAUCAUGCUGUUACGCUUCGACUAAGACUAAUUGCCAAGCCAACAUCGUUUUAUCUCUUUUUAGGUCUCCUGGGAACCAACAAUAACGAGUUCCAUGAUGAGUUUAUGACAGUUAAAAACAAACCAACUAAGAAACUGACCGAAUUCGUCAAUUCUUGGGAGAUCACACGUGAUCCAGAAUGCAAGAUCCAUUCUAUUGUUCCUGAAAAACCCAAGUGUAAGGAGACCAGCUACAUUCAACGUUGCCGCGCUCUGUUCAAGGACAAGAAGUCACCACUCCAUCGGUACUUUUCCGUUGUUAAUCCCGAGCCUUUCGUCAAGGCCUGUGAAAUAGAUUACAAGGAUUGUGAGACCAGUACACCCAAGGACAUGAAGCACUGCAAUACGACUGCCGCCUACAUCGAGCUGGUUAGAAUGCGAGGAGAAUGGGCCGACUUUUUGCCAGAAUGUGGUAAGUUAAAGUGGUCAUACAAUUGACCAAAUGAGUUAGACACCUUUGGAAGAGGCUCUUAGUGUCUCUAUUAGAGUCAUGUCCGUCUAAUAUAGAGUCAAAUAAACGAAGUAAAGAAAGGAGGUGUCCGUCCUACAGAGGUGUCUGUAUUUUUGAUGCGAAUAAGUGAUAGUCACCGUCAUUUUCGUUUUCAGUGACCCACAAUAAGGGAUGACAGAUCAUAGAAUAUAAUACAUUUCAAAGCUAUUUCGAAUAGGUAGCUCGUAUAAAAUAAACUACGUUUUAUAUGGAAGCCAGGAAUUAAUCAACUCUAUUACUGUCUUUUUGUAGGUCGUUGCGGAUCAAACCCGAUGGGUAAGAGAUGGUUUCAGCGAGCAAACAACAUGGUUGAUGUUGUAGUGUUAGUGCACGAGACAUCAGUCCUUAAGGCUUACGCAGAGAAGAUACCAUCUUUACUGGGCAGCAUCACCAAGGCUCUAGACUCUUACAAGUAUUCUUUCAAGUUCGGCGUUAUGGCUUUUGGAGGUCGCUUGUCACAUGGGCGCCCGCAUGCAAUCACUCUUAACGGUCAGCUGAUGAAUGACUUAGACAGUUUGGAUAGCGCUUUUGAACAUCUGAAAUUCGCUGGCGAGGAGUCUGAGAAUGACACUGCAGAUGCUUUGGAGGCUAUGGCAAAGGCAGCAUACGUGUAUCCAUUCAGACCAGGUAAGGUCAAAAAACACGCAUGACUGUUGUAGGGGAAUACAUUAGGACAGAUAACAGCUUCAAGGAGCUAGCCAUCAUGUCAAUAUAAGUGAACUGCAAAAUCAACAAACAAAAACAGUAAAGGCACAUUAAAGUACAAAAGGAAAGAAUGGACAAUAAUUUAUUAAGAAUUACACGCAUUGCAGUUGUGGUUUUGAAAACUGUUUAGAUUAAACUUUAAUUUUAGACUGUUGUAUAUAACUUGUGAAUUAUGAAGCUUUGAGUUUGUAAUUUGGAAGUAAUCUCUACUCUCUUGUUAAGUUUCACCGCAAGUAAUUGGCAGGUGCAUAAAUUCAGCGAGCUGUGUUAAAACAGUCUCUUUAAUCCAAAUUCUACAUCCUACAGGCCUGAAAUAAUCUAGCAGAAAGAGGAGCCUCGGGUUAUGAUAGAGCCUGUUUACAUGGCGUUCCCUUCUAUUUAACUCCCAGGUCCUUCCUCCUGCCUUUCAUUGUAUUAACCAAUAUGGUUUGUGUCCUUUAGCCGCAACCAAGAUCUUCUUACUGCUGACCAGUAAAGAACACAGCGCAUUGGUUCACGCCGUUACUGUAGACAGUAUGGGCAAACUGUUGGAGGCAAAAGACAUCACUCUCAACGUUAUUGGCAAGUACAGGAAGUACAGUGGCGAGGUGGUUGGACAAGACUACAGGGGACGAGUGUUCUACAGAAAGAAGCCGGAAACGGGUACUGGCGCAGCUCCUCUCCCAGAUGGCGAAUACGUAUCACUGAUGAAAGGAACGCAAGGUUCUGUAUUUGGAUUGCCAUUCUUGGGCUCGAAGAAUAAGGAUAAAUUUGGAGCUUUGCAACUAGCCAGUUUGAGCACGUGGCGAGAGCAGAUUAAACGAGAUCAGUUCACUUGUAAGGAAUGCUUCUGCGCCCGUGGUGAUUCUGGCCAGGGUAAGACCGUCUGUAAGGUGAACUCCUUCCACCAGAAGUGCUGA